AUGGGGACUUUAGCCAUUUCUUUAGACCUGUUACUCUUGUUAGGGCAAAUCACCAAGGUGAUGCCAAGCAGGAACUUCGCAAUAAAACGACAUUUGCUGCCUGUAGCAACCCAGUGGAGUCGCCUGUGAUUGGGUCUACGAGUGGGUUGAGGGGUGCUCUCGGGGCUCAGGACCAACUGUCUUUGGUUCAAGCCAAUACAGGCUUGAUGUCGUUACCCAAACCUCCGAAGGAGGGGAUAACAGUCGACGAGUCCAAGGUCAUUUGUGAAGGAGAAAGUUCAAGGAAAAAUAACAAAUAUAACACUGGUAACGCUGACAGUAGAUCACCAGAGAGAGUUCAGAGCUCGAGCUUUGCAGCCAGUGCGGCCUUGCCUGAGAAGCGUAAUGAAGCAGUUGUGGUUUCUUCAUGCGCAUCUUUGAGCAGCAGUGAGGAUGCAGAGUCUAAUGAUAACAAACACAGAGGGAAGAGGAAGCAUCAAGAAGGAGAAGAAUCUGGUUACCAUAGCGAAGACCUUGAAUAUGAGUCCAUCGAGCUAAAGAAAUCCCUUCCUGUUCAAGGCAAGAGCAAAAAGCGAAGUCGUGCUGCGGAAGUACAUAAUUUAUCAGAAAAAAGGCGAAGAGAUAGGAUCAAUGAGAGGAUGCGUGCACUUCAAGAGCUUAUACCCAAUUGCAAUAAGACGGAUAAAGCUUCAAUGCUUGAUGAGGCUAUAGAGUACCUCAAGUCCCUUCAGAUGCAACUGCAGAUCAUGGCUAUGAGGAGUGGCUUAUGCAUGCCUCCAAUGAUGAUGCAACAUAUGCGAGCUCCUACAAUGGCGCCAAUGGGCAUAGGAAUGGGAAUGGGUAUGGGAUUAAGCUAUGGGAUGGGAAUGUAUGAUGUGAAUGUGUCUCGGGGGUGCUCCUUUAUUCCAGUGCAAGGGCCACAGUUCCCUUGCUCCUCAAUUCCAGGGUCGCAGGGUGUGCAUCCGUCGCCAGCUGGAUCUAACAACUUCCAGAUGUUUGGAAUCCCGGGAACAGGGUUCCCAGUGCCACUGCCUUAUCGACCCCCUUCUACCACUACAGAAGAUGCAAAACGUAGUCCAGAUGCAACGAUGACUGUUGGAAAUCAGCAUGAGCAAAAUAAGACCUUGGAGAAGACGUAAUUCUGGUGAAUUAUAGAUUUAGUCCGCCAAGGUUUAUACUUUCUUUACCUUCAUUUUCUUUAAGUGCUCAUUUUUGUAGACCUCUGGUGUCUUAGUUCCUAUCAUCUGCCAUGUUUUUGUAGCAAACUCCAUAUCAUUAUUAAAUUCUGAGAGGUUAGUAAAAGAGUGUAUCGAAAAUUUCUCCGUGGUGCA